AUGGCGACAUCGCUUCAAGUUCCUCAAAGGUCGAUACUCGCCCUACUAGUAACGUGCAUACACUCAUCUCUCACAUUGGCGUCCACACCCCUGCAUCUCCAUCCGCGCGAUGUCGUCCUCCCACUGCGCGUCACCAACAACUGUCCGGAAACGAUUUGGCCAGCCAUCCUCACACAGAGCGGCGUCGGCCCUGCAGUCUCGGGGUUCAUGCUUGGCCCGGGGGUUGGGCCGGCGACUGGUCAGGGAGGAGCGGCAUGUACGACAGGCGAUUGCGGCAUGUUUCUGGAAUGCCAGGGAGCGGGGCAAGCUCCGGCCACGUUGGCAGAGUUCACCAUGUCGUCCAACACCUAUCAGUCCUUCUAUGAUAUCUCCCUGGUCGAUGGAUACAAUCUCCCGCUGGGUAUCAUUGCACUGCUCGACGAGUCCGGAAAUUCAACCCUGGCCGACAUUCCGCCCAACCUGACAAACCCGGUCUGUAUCGGCACCUCAUCUUUAUUGGCACCUUUGGGCAACAGUCCUGAUGUUGUUUUCGGCACGAAUGACACUUUUCCACUCCCGCUGGAACAGGUGGUGACCCCUUCAUUCGUUCAGAGCUGGUGUCCAUGGAUGUUGCAACUCGCGCCACCUACGAAGCCAGGCGAUGGCGUCUACCCUUAUCCCGACGAUGAUAUCCAGCGACCAGUAUUCAAUCCAUGCCUCAGCGCCUGUGCAAAGUGGAACAAAGCUAAGUACUGUUGUACCGGCGAUCAUAGUACGCCAGCAACCUGCUCCCCCAGUCUGUACUCGACACAAGCCAAAAAGGUUUGCCCGGAUGCAUAUAGCUACGCGUAUGAUGACCAAACGAGUACCUUCAUCAUCCCCCAAGGCAGCGGAUUUGAGGUGGUCUUCUGUCCUACUGGCCGGAGUUCCAAUAUUUUGGCCGUCUUUGGAGAUCAACUCAGACAGCUCGCACAGACAGGACAUGCGACCAGAGAUAUUGUCGGACUCGCGCAAAAUGUCACGUACAUCCGCGAAAAGAGCGGCGCGUGCGCUGUGGUUAGGGCUCCGGCCGCAUAUUCGCUAGUACUGGCAAUGCUGUGGAUAUGGGUCUUGCUGGCAUGA